AUCAAGACGUCUGCUGCCUAUGUCCUUUUCUAUAGAAGAGUUCCAGAUGUGUAAAUUAGACAUAGCAGUGGCAAACUCAUUGCAACGUGAAACCUGGGGAGCACAGUGCCUUUUGAAACCCCAACUAGGUUUUGACAAAAGAGCAAUACUGCUGACUACCAUUUGCAAGCUUACAUUUUAUUUGCCAAAAUAUUGUUUUGCUUAGAGUCUACUGUUGGAGGUAGCACAUGAUUUUGCAGUUGUACAGUUCAAAAGGUUAUCAGUGAAAGCAGGAGACAUUACAAUGUUCACAUACAAUUUACUUGUGUAUGCAGGUUUCACCAGAUGAAAGAAUUAUAGAUAUAUUCAGAAACCUUGUCAAUUUCUUGGAAUGAGCAGUUUUUCUUCCUAUCAUUUUUAAAUAAUAAUAAUUAAUCACU